AAUGUCGCAACUAGAAGAAGGAGCUGAGGGUAAAAGGCCAGUGGAACAGGAAGAGACUCCAGAUAAUGGAGAACCACCAAAAAAGAUCUUGAAAUCUGACUUGAAUCUUCCGUUCAAGAAAAAGAAUUUUGCACUUUUACUUGCUUAUUGUGGAAAAGAUUACUACGGUUUGCAAAUCAAUAAAGGAUAUAAGACCAUUGAAGGAGUAUUAUUUGAAGCUAUGGUCAAAUCUGGAGUUGUUAGACAGGACCAUGUCGAAAACAAUGGGAUGAGAUUUCAAAGAGCGGCAAGAACCGAUAAGGGAGUCUCUGCGGCCGCAAAUGUCGUAAACGCAAAGAUAAGUCUUCCAAUCAUUUAA